AUGCCCGAGCUAGCGGAAAUCCACCGCAUUGUGCAUUUCAUCCGCCAGCACCUUGUUGGAAAAACACUGUCCAAGGUACAAGCACAAAAUGAUGACAUUGUGUUUGGCAAAGUUGGCACCAGUGCCUCCGAAUUUCAAAAGGCGAUGCAAGGAAAGCAGAUUAUGGGAGCAGGGCAACAAGGCAAAUACUUCUGGAUCACAAUGUCUUCCCCACCCCAUGCUGUGAUGCAUUUUGGAAUGGCUGGCUGGUUAAAGAUCAAGGAUGCCGACACUUACUAUUACCGGUCUGACAAGCCUGCCGACAAGGAGUGGCCGCCCAAGUACUGGAAAUUCCUAUUGGAAACCAGCGAUGAACCGAAAACAGAGGCAGCGUUCGUGGAUGCCCGCAGGCUUGCGCGCAUCAGACUGGUGGAUUGUCCAGCCGAUGAUAUCCGAAACCACACUCCUCUCAAAGAAAAUGGGCCGGAUCCUGUCACCGACAAGGAUAUCGUGAAUGAGGCCUGGCUGAAGGAAAAGGUUGGGAAGAAGAAAGUGCCAAUCAAAGCCCUUCUGCUCGACCAAGCCAAUAUCAGUGGUAUUGGCAAUUGGAUGGGUGAUGAGAUCCUCUAUCAUUCCAAAAUCCAUCCAGAGCAGUACAGUAAUACUCUGAAUGAUGACCAAAUCAAAGAGCUCCAUGCUGCUAUCCAUUAUGUCUGUUCGACAUCUAUAGGUGUGCUGGCUGACUCGGAGAAGUUCCCAGAGCAUUGGCUCUUCAAACACCGAUGGGGAAAGGGCAAGAAGAACCAACCGGCAGUUCUUCCGAAUGGUGACAAAAUCACUUUCCUCACUGUCGGGGGCCGCACAAGUGCCGUUGUUCCGGCAGUACAGAAAAAGACGGGUGCAGUUGCUAAAGAUGUCGAUGAAGAUGCUGCCGACGGUACCCCAGCGAACACGAAACGGAAACGUAUAGCUCCGAAGAAAGAAAGCGACUCAGAGGCGGAAGAGACGCCCAAGACCAAGAAGCGAGGGGCAUCCCCAAAACAAUCAAUCAAGAGUGAAGAAGAGUCGGAAGAGGAGAAGCCGAAGCCAGCUGUCAUCGGCAGAAGACGAUCGACUCGCACAAAAUAG